AUGAGAAAAAGCUGCGAAAUAAUGGUCAACAAAUUAGCCGGAAUAUUACUUAGCUUGGCUUCCAGGAAAAGGCCCACAGCUGCCUUUCAGAUAUCGAUGUACCAACACUUUAAAUCUGUGGUAGCUUGCUGUGGAAUACUCAUAGACAUCUAUCAAUUAAAACCAUUCCUACAAAAAAUCCUACAAAAAAAGGCUUCCUGUCUCUGCUGGGUGUGUGUGGCAGAGCAAGACCAACAAAAAUUUUCAUUCCUCUGCCUUUGUCAAUCACUGCCCUGGCAUCUCAAGGUAUCUUGUAUUUUCAACCAUCAGGAGGAUUCAACUUUGUAG